GUCCCUCUCUCUUCCCCCCGAGUCCCCUCCUCGGAAGUAGACGCAUCUGUCUAUAUUCCGUUCAUUUAUUUUUGUAUCUUUUUUUACAAUAACCCCUUUUCCCCAACGCGUAGCGCCAUGGACGCCAGGAUGGACGACUAAACUGAAGAGCGGGUCCCCGAUUUCACCCCUAAAUUCAUCCUUGAACCGAGAGGACCGGAUGAAAUCCAACUGUGGUUUUCUCCGCUUCGCAGGGGAGGUCGCUGUAUCCAGUGGGGAGGUAGGCUCAACCAGGGGAAAGAAUGAAGUUCUUCGAACCCUGGGGACGCCAGAGGCUGUCUUUUCUUCUGGAAAAGGCCGCCUCUAGGGAAGCCAAGAUGUGGAAGGUCUACGUGCCAAAGAAGCCCUCCUCACAGGAUACAGACGUCUCCCCGGCCCAGCGGGAUGAGGCCGUGCGCUGGUUGACGGAGCUCCACGGGAGGCUGCAGCUGUACCCAGAGACCCUGGUGUUAGCUGUCAGCAUCCUGGACCGCUUCCUCACCCCCAUCAAGGCCCGUCCAAAGUACCUGCGCUGCAUCGCCAUCGCCUGCUUCUUCCUGGCUGCUAAGACCUGUGAGGAGGACGAGCGUGUGCCCUCUCUGAAAGAGCUGGCUGCCUCCAGCAGCUGUGGCUGUUCUCCAUCAGAGAUCCUGAGGAUGGAGAGGAUCAUCCUGGACAAACUCAACUGGGAUCUGCACACCGCCACAGCGCUGGACUUCCUGCACAUCUUUCACGCGAUGGUGUUGUCGUGUCGUUCCGGGUUUUUGGGCUCCAUGUUGGGACUGAACCGCUCGCAGCACCUCACCCUGCUCACACGGCGACUCUACCACUGCCUGGCCGACCACACGCUCAUACAGCUCAGAGGAUCCAUGCGCCUGGCCCUCAUCACCCUGGAGCUGGAGACCUGCUGUCCUGACUGGCUGGCUCUAACCAUCGACCUGCUGAGGAAGGCACAGUUCGACAGCUCUGAGUUGAUUCGGAGUCGAGAGCGUGCUCGUAGUCUGUCCACACCGAGAGCUUCCCUGCCUCCAAACACUGUCUACAUCUACCAACCCCUGCAGAGCCAAACCACCCCGCAGCCUCCGGCCCAGGACCCCGCACUCCCCGGCCGCACACUGGGGAUCAUCACCUCCACCACCGAGUCUUCCUGGGACCCUGCCCUCGUCACCGCCGCCCCUGCCCAGCUUCAGACACCUCCUGAUGGGGAGGAGGGGAGCCAGCUGCCCUGGAGCUCCAUCUGCUCCUCCACCUCCAACAGCAGCAUCCCAGCUCUACUUUCUCCACCUAAACACCUCCGCCACCUGAAUCACCUGCAGAAGGUCACACUGCGCUGCAAGGCAUCGGCCAAACUAUAUAAAGUCUCAACCAGAUGUCACUUCCAUUAUUCCUCCGUCUGUCUUCAGGUGGAGGAGAUGGAGGUGGAUGACUUCUACGACUGCAUCAAACGCCUCUACAACGAAGACGUCACCGCCGCUGUCGUCCAGGAGGGGGCGACACCAUCGACGGGGGCAAUGCCAACAGGUGGAGGAGGAGGAGGAGGAGGAGGAGGAGGAGGCCUGAGUGUCUGCAGUGUCCUGUUGUCCCGGCAGGAAGGCAGCACCUCUCCCUGCCCGCCUCUGCAGCCAGUCAGUGCCUCCUAGAGACCAAACCGAAACCUGUAAACCAGAACCAGCUUAACACGGACCUCAUCUGUUAAGCCACGUUUAGGCAGCCGUGACGGGCAACUCCCUCAGCAAUAGGCAACAAGGAGAAAGAGAAAUAUUUAAGUCAGUGUUUCAAUUUGCACAAAAAGCAAUCUAAAGGCAGCUCCUCUGGAAAAGUUGCCCGUCACGGUUGCUGGAGAAAAUUGUCCUCGUCAUCACGGCUUCUUAAGAAACGUACAGAAGAAGGAAAAUACCGACCUCUUACGGGAAACAAGGCAGUGAUUCGGAUGAUUCCGGUGGUUACGAUGGUUUUGGUUUCAGCGUUAACGACCCCGGCGUGACCCCGAGCGGUUCGGCUGUCCUGAGGUCAGCUCCCAUCAUCCCCUGCAACAGAAAAACAGAGCCCAAAAAAAUUUAAACAUUCAAAAAAUAAAAAACUCGCUGCUGCUACUUUCUUAUUAAUAUUUGUUGAAAACACAUCACAAAAUGUUCAAAAAAAUUAAAAAUAGAAAAGUAACCCUCAAAAAAACUUUGAAUUGACUCCCCCCCGUCCCCCACCGUCUCCUUCUCUGUCCUGUUGUGAAAUAAUAUUAAAACUGUUUGUCAGCUUUUAUUUGUUGUUCACAUCUUAAACUCUUUCCUUUCAUAUAUUUAUGUUUUUAUUCUAUCUCUUUCCUUCCUCAGUCUGCAUGUUUUCAUCUCUAUAACGUCUUCAUAGAGUCUAAAUCAAAAGUACGGCUGUUUCCGUAUAGGCGAUUAUCUGUAUUACUCACCCAGGUAGAAGAAGUUUUUUUGUGAAGUGCAAUUUGAUUGUUAAUAAGAUGCUAAUAUAAUUCUCCCUCCUAGGAAUCCCUGUUUUUCCUUUUCCUCUCAGCUUGUUGUGAUGGCUUGACUGAAUGAACAGGUUGUUUUUAUUCACCCACAAACUAAAGAGUCUCUUUGAAGCUGCUUGAUUAUUUUCUAGACUUUAAGAACUUUGUUGUCCUGGUACAAAUAACAGGGCCCUCGUAAAAUGUAAUAAAACAACCACGACUUAUUUAAAGCAUUUUAAUAUUGAGCUAAGAGACAGAAAUGUGGUUUUUGAGUUGAUGUCUGAGCUUCAGAUGGAAAAAAAUGUGACAAUCUUUACUUUGAUGUACAAAAAAACUGCUACAAAAACAUGCUCUGUUUUUAUCUCUUGAAGUUCUGUUGAACAUAUUUUUAUUCCUGCAAAAAGCUCUGUUGUUCCUGCUGUGGGAGCUGCUGGAGGCUGCUCCAGGUCCCUGAACGCACUGUGGCACCAAUACAUGAA